UACGUUGCCAGAAAUCGGUGUUGCGGCAUGGACUAUGAGAUUGCACUAAGAAGCCCUUGUUUAUACACGUUUGCUUUCAAUGUAAAGAAUUUCUGUUAGUUGUACGAUUAAUUGAGCAAUCAUGGCUGAAAAAUUUGAUAAUUUAGAGGAGCACCUUGAAAAAUUCAUCGAAAAUAUUCGCCAGUUGGGGAUCAUCGUAAGUGACUUUCAACCAAGCAGUCAGACGGGACUUAAUCAGAAGCUAAACUUCAUGAUCACUGGACUGCAAGAUGUUGAGAAAUGCCGACAACAGCUUCAUGACAUCAACGUGCCUCUGGAGGCCUUUGAGUACAUUGACCAAGGACGGAACCCCCAGCUUUACACAAAAGAGUGCUUGGAAAGAGCCCUGGCAAAGAAUGAACAGGUCAAAGGGAAGAUUGACACUAUGACGAAAUUUAAAAGUCUUCUUAUUUCGGAGCUGGGAAAGGUUUUUCCAGAAGAAAUGGGCAAAUAUAAGGCUAUCCAUGGAGAUGAUCCACCAUCGUAGUGGACUUGGCUACAUCAUUGUCAUCGUCAAGACAAAAUGUAUAUAUGUUUAUAUGCAAACAAAGCCUUUUUUAAAGACAAGAAGCACCAUAAAACCUUUCAAUUUUGUAAUAAUUUUCCAACAUUUUAUAAUCUGCUGCUCAGUAUUCAAGGGAGAGAUGUGAAUUUAUCAUUGUAGUUUGAUCUCAGAUCAGUGCAGAGGUAGAGGUUUGCACCAAUUCUGUUUUUGCUUUUGCUGUAUGUCAAUAUAUGUGUUUUUUGUUACUUUUCAUUAAAGUUGAUGAUCAGGUAUUACUAA